AGAUAUUACUUAAAUUAUAUAUGUGGAAAAGAGCUGUUUUGAAAGAAGAUUUACAAGAAGAGGAAGGUGUAAUCCCUUUUAAUUGGGUAGAUGGCAAAACUGUUUACUGGCCACCGGGUACCAAACCUUUGAAUGCAAUGAAGUGUCGUCAAAAUCCUGGGAAAAAUUGGCUGAAGUUUCCGCUAAUAAAACUUGAGUUCUCUUCAGGUUCCAAUAUCAAAGAUCUAGAUGAAGUAUCAAUGCACCUUAUGUCUAGCAGUUCAUCAAUCUUAUCUAAAGUUCAUGUAAUAUUUUCAAAAUCAAAUAUGUGGAAAGGAGCUGUUUGGAAUGAAGAUUUACAAGAAGAAGUAAUUCCAUCUAAUUGGAUUAGUGAUAAAACUGUUUGUUGGCUUCCAGGUACCAAAGCAUUGACUGCACUAAAAUGCAGAGAAAAAUUGGCUUGAGUUUCUACAAAUAAAAGCUAAAUUCUCUUCAGAAAGCAAACAGUGUUGUGAAAAUUUUGAAUUCACAACUACAAAAGAAAAAUGUGAUAAUUAGAAUGUUGAUUUACAAAAAAGAAAACAUAAACAAAAAUAGUUUCCUGAUUAUUUACCAAGGAGGUAUUAAAUUAUGUGCUUGGAUUAUAUAAAUUUCAAUUUUUAUGCCUAAAAAAUAUUUUUUUUCAUAGAAUUUAUACUACAAAUAAGUAGUUAUAUUUUACAGGUUCAGUUAUCAAAAAUUAAAAACCUGUAUGCAAAAUUUGCAUCCAGGUUUCCACUUGUGUGGUUUUUUUUAUGUCCGCAAACAUAAUAUUAGAUUUACUUUAUGUUUUUCACAGAUAAAUCAAUUACAAUUAAUUAGUGGAGCGUCUCCUAAAGAUAGAAUAAACAAAAUUGUGCUGAGGUAAUCAAAAACAGUAUUCUAAGGACUCUUACCUCAUUUACAAUCAGGGUGACCACAGUUCCUCUAAAAUCCUCUAAAGUCCUCUUUUUUUAAAAAGCACUUCUAAAAUCCUCUAUUAUUCUCUAAAAAAGUAAAAAUUUGAUCAAAACUAGUUUAACUCCUCUUUUUUUAAUUCUUAAUGGAAGUAUUAUGUUCAAAAUACCCAUUCUCGGUCUGCAAAACUGGUUAACGCCUUAAAAUGCAUGGAAUUGGAAAAAAUUGCUAUAGCAAAUGCAUGCUAUUUAACAAAAAAAUGACAUUAUUUAACCCCUAUCCAAGCCUUAUAAGUGUAUAAACAUGAACGUUAAACCAAUAAUAAAUGGCCACAU